AGUGCAGUUCACAGGCGCUUUUCUGUACAACAUGAAUUGCUUUCAUAGUACAGUGUAGUAAGGAGAAAGGCUGGGUUCCCAAAUGCCUGGGCUUGAAUCCUGGCUCUGCCACUGGUUAUGUGCUAUUAGGCAAGCCACUUCACCAGUCUCUGCCUCAGUUCCCUCACCUGUAAAACCUCGUAGGCUUAUGAGGCUUAAGUAGGUUGAUGUGUGAAGCACUCAGACAGUCCCUGGCAUAUAACCUUCUCUAGUUUAUUGCCUAUCACCUGCUGAUUUCUGGUGGGUGAUGUAUUAACUAAGGGGAAAAUGUCUGAUCCUUUAAUGUUAAGGAUGAGGUCCAGGGCGAUCAAGUGAUUUUUGAACAAUCAAAGAAUUAGUUGUCAGUAGAAGGUCUGGCUGGGAAGAUAAUUAAAAAAAAAUUCAAUCCAAUGCUUUGUCUGUUAAAUCUUUGCUUCUCAUUCAGAGUUCUGACAGUGCAGUUGCGUACUUAGAACUGAAAAUGUGUAUCUUCCAUUUAUCAGAUUGCACAUUUCCUAGAAUUUGUUUGAAAAUAGUUUGGGUGUGGCACUGAGUGACCACAGUUUGGUGACUACAUUCAGAGGCUUUUUGGGGUCACAGUUUUCCUCUUAGAAUAGAGUGGUGCUCUUGAAGGAUAUCGAAGUUGAUUUUGAUUUAAUGGUCAUAAGGGGAGCCAUCGGCGCUAUUCAGCAGCGGCCAGGGACUGUACCGGGCUGUAGCGCAGGCCGGGACACUCACAAACAGGGCAUGUGUGGCCCUGCCUGGAGAAUGUCAACUGAAUGGGACUUGGGGCUAGACAUAUAAAUCAGUUAUUACUCCUCCAUGCAAAUGGUUUGCUCAUUUGGGGAAUAUACAAGAGCUGUCUGCUGGGCAAAAGAGGGGGCACAGUCAGCUCCCCGGGGAAGAAUUCAUCUAGAAUGUGACAGGGACCUCAGAUGUCCCAGAGAAGAGGAAUUAAAGUUAUGGCAGGCUGUAGUGGAAGCCCUUUAUCAUGCCCAGCCAUGUAUAUGUGGGGUGAGGUGGGCAUCCCGGAGCAGGAAUGGGGUUGUGGCUAUCUUGAGAGAGAUCUGUGGUUUCAUUAGAUGCACUUAUGUUUGGGGAAACAAUGUGGCUUUUGGUAUAUCUGAGUCAGUGUGAUCAUUAUCUGCGUUGUUGUGAGAUUAAAAAAUUGAAACUUGAAAGUUUCCAGUUCGUUCUGAUUCAUCAUUUGCCAUUCUUAUGAAGGUAGACAUUCAGAGCACAAAAUCUCCCCUGAAGGUGUAAACUCUAUUUCCUAUCUGACUUUUAGGUUAGAAAAAAAAAGGAUCUAUGUGAUAAUGUUUCCUCUUUUUCAAAGCAAUGGUAUCUACAUUAUCAUACGUGAUCCUUGCAUUAUUAUCCCUAUGUUAUAGGCAAGGAAGCUGAGGUUCAGAAGGCCAACUGCCUUCUCUGCAUAAGUGGGACCUAGGGUGGGAACUGCUUGAACAGGUGGACCCUGAUUUUCCAGGUGGAGGAUUUUGUUGAUUGGAAUACAGUUAAGGAAUCUCUUAGGUUCCGAGGUGGAAUUCCUCCAAUGGCAGGAUGUUUGGGGUGCCAGGAUCAUGGCUGAGACCAGCCACAGUCGUAGGUAGGAACCCAGGUCUGGUUGAAUUGGAAGUCCUUGGAGUUAGGGUUCUUCUGUUUCAUUUAGAAAAUCGUAGGAUGCUGUGCAGAACAGCGAAUCCUUUCCUGGGAGCUGGUGCGUGCGGUGAAAUUAAUACAACAGAGAUAAGACAGAUGUUUAAAAAAUACUUUUGCCCAUGCUCAGCCCGAUCCUCAUUCUCCCCAUGGGGCCCUGCCUAAAAAAGCAGAAAAGAAAGAAAAAGAAAACAGCUCAUCCUGGGCUUCUUUGUGUCACAGAGCUUGGUGACUCCUAUAACUGAGUUUAAAAUUUUCUCCUUAUUUGUGUAUCUCCUUUCCCACAUGUCCUGAACGUACUUCCUAUGUUUAAAAGUGCUAAUGUUCAUUAGUUGGAGAGAGACCUAAAAACACCAGGCUGAGUAUCCUGUAGCUUUUUUGUUUAUGUGAAACUCUUAGGUUGUAGAAUGUCUAGGGUUGUCAUCUCCAGGGUAUCCUGACAUGAUUUGCUUUUUUUCCCCUGCAAACAACAAGUUUCACCUAAUCUUCUCUUACAGCCGAUCGAAGGCAGCCCCCAAGUGACUCCAAACACCACUCUACUUUGGUUCAUCAUAGACUUACUAGAAUCUGCUAUCUUCCCACUCAUUCAUUUGCUGCUUUUUCCCCCAUAUGCAAACAGUAUGUGAGUGGGGAUCUUGUCUUUCUCAUUCAAAACUGCAUCCCAGUCCUCACAUGGAGGCUGGUCCACAGAGCCACUCACUAUUGGUUUGUUAAUAAUGAACUUAUCCUGACAUUGUCUUCUGAUUUUUUUCUCCAGAUUGAAAAGUCAAGAGCAGCAUGUUUUCCCCACUGAAACUCGUGCUAGUGCCAGUGUUACUGGGUUACUUCUUGGGCCCGAAUGACUUGACUGUCUCCUCCCUUGAGCUAACAGUGCACGUGGGUGAUUCAGCCCUGAUGGGAUGUGUUUUCCAGAGCACAGAAGAGAAGCGUGUGACCAAGGUAGACUGGAUGUUCUCAGGAGAGCAUGUCAAGGAUGAUUAUGUGCUAUACUAUUACGCCAACCUCAGCGUGCCUGUGGGACGCUUCCAGAACCGUGCGCACUUGGUGGGGGACGUCGCACACAAGGACGGUUCUCUCCUGCUCCAAGAUGUGCAAGAGGCUGACCAGGGAACCUACACGUGCGCGAUGCGCCUUGAAAGGGAGAGCCUUGUGUUUCAGAAGGCCGUGGUGCUGUACGUGCUGCCCGAGGGGCCCAAAGAGCUCAUGGUCCCUGUGGGUGACUCGAUUCGGAUGGGAUGUGUUCUCCAGAGCACUGAUGAGAGACGCAUGACCAGGGUAGACUGGGUGUUUGCACCAGGAAAGCGCUCCAAGGAGGAGAUUGUGUUACGCUCUUUCCCCAAACUCAGUGUACCUGUGGGGUACGCCCAGAGCUGGGGCCGCUUCCAGAACCGUGUCACCUUGGUGGGGAACACUUCUCGCAAUGAUGGGUCCAUCAUGCUCCAAGAAGUGAAGGAGCCUGAUGGAGGAAACUACACGUGCAGUAUCCACCUGGGGAGCCUGACCUUCAGGAAGACCAUCAUGUUGCACGUGAUCCCGAAAGAGCCCCUAACAUUGGCGACCCCCGGAGCCCUCAGACCUGAGAUCCUGGGCAAUAAUCAGCUGGUGAUCAUUGUGGGGAUUGUCUGCACCACUGUCCUGCUGCUUUCUGUUCUGAUACUGGUCAUGAAGAAGACCCACAGGAAUAAGAGUUCAGUACCUUCCACAGCCCUGGUGAAAAGCCUGGAGAACACAAAGAAGGCUCAUCCAGAGAAACACAUUUACUCCUCAAUAACUACACGGGAGCUGAUCGAGGAAGAGGAAUCGAGUGGAAAGUCAGAGACCACCUACAUGACCAUGCACCCAGUCUGGCCUUCUCUGAGGUCAGCACCAAAUAACCUCCUUGAAAAAAAGCCACCUGGACGAAUGCCAAAAACAGAGCAUGAAGGGAAGAAAGGGGAGGCACUUUGUCAGUAGCACGGUGGACGCUGUCCUUGGUGCGCUGAGUCGCGCACCGGCUAUAUCAGACCCCUUGCCCUCCCAGUCGUCCUCCCGCCCCAUUGCUUGGUCAGAGGGCUGAAGAUGAAGGUUCAGAGCCUGGCAGGAAGAUGGGACAGUUCUGGAGGUGCAGGCUCUGGUGUGGGGCACACGGGUUUGGUCCUUCUGGAGUGGUUGCUGGUGCUGGGGUCCUGGCUGAACUGCCCCAGUGACCCCAAACAUCCCAUUGGAUCAGACCCUCUGCUUGGGUGGUGUUCUUUGUGGAUGAGUUACUGGAAAGAAUCACAGAAAUGAAAAUCAGCCGAAUGACUUGGACAAAUUAUCCCCAAAUAAAUGUGGUUUGUGGAA